AUGGAGAUGGGCUCGUUUUGUGUAGUUACCUCGGUUCUGGCUGACAUUGUGCCGAGCGAUAGCGGGCGUGCGAAGAAUGCCAAUGGAAACAACUUUACUGUUGGUUUCCUCGAAGCCGACACGCGUGACGAACCGAGAACCGGUUACACGACACCAGACAAAAACAAUGCAUUAGCAAUGCUUUUCAUUAAUUUUAGACUUGCUUGCUAUUUUACUUAUAAACUUGAAGAAAAUACGGAGAAUUGCGACAUGCAAGUGUGA